AUGGCUCCCUUCGGCAGAAUCUACACCUACGCGGACAACUACCGCGUCCAGCGGGUCCAAGCCAUUGCGGCCAUGAACGGCCUCACCGUCGAGGUGGUGCCCGACUUCCAAAUCGGCGUAACCAACCGCACCCCGGAGUUCCUGGCCAAGUUCCCGCUCGGCAAGGUGCCCGCCUUCGAGACGGGCGACGGCAGCUUCUUCCUGACGGAGGCGCAGGCCAUCGCGCGGUUCGUGGCCGAGAGCGGGCCCAAGGCGGGUCAGCUGGUGGGCGAGGACCCCAAGACGCGCGCGCUCGUCGAGAUGUGGUCGUGCUUCGCCGAGCAGGAGCUCGCCGCCAACGCGGUCCCGACCGUCCUCAUGCUCGUCGCCAAGCUCGAGCAGUACCCCUACGACGAGGCCAAGGUCAACCAGCUCCUGGCCGCGCUCGUGCGCGCGGCGGGUCGGGUCGAGGCCGAGCUCAAGGACGGCCGGCAGUUCCUCGUGGGCGGCCAGCUCACGCUCGCCGAUAUCAUGGUUGUGGGUGUGCUGCAGCUGGCUGGCAAGUUCUUGAUGGAUAAGGAGAUGCGGAAGGACCUGCCCAGCGUGGAGGCCUAUGUCAAGCGGAUUAUGGAGGUGGCUGAGAUGAAGGCGGCUUUUGGCGACCUGCAGUUGUGCGACACCCGGGUUAAGAAGGAGUAA